AGGUGUGUAUGUGUGUGCAUGUGUGUAUGUGGCAGUCGGCACACACUCCCACCCCCAUCCCCUGUAUUGCCUGUUUGCAUUGCAUCCUGUGGGACAGAGCAGCGAGACAGAGGGGGAGAGACUGGUACAGAGUAUGCUGUGAGGAGAGAACACAGACACAUUCUGUGAGCCGAGAGAGUGUCGCUGAGACAGAGGGCGAGAGACAAACAUUUUCUAAGAGCAGAGAGACAGAGGGGGAAUGCAUAGUACAUAGGAACUGACACAGAGACUCCGAGACUUUUGCAGAAUUCUAAGAGACACCCAGAGACAAGACAAGCAAAGUGUGAGGUGUAAGAUAGAAGAAAUCCACAAAAUCCAGGGAUCAACUAACGGUUUAGUCAGCAUGUCAGGAAAGGCAACCAGUGUGUGUGUGCUCUGCAUCCUAUGGGUACUACUCCCCAUCCAGGCACAGGAGAGCCCUGUCAGCACCAGUGCCCCACAGCCCAACUCAGGCUUGAAGUUCCGUCUAGCAGGAUAUCCUCGCAAGCAUAAUGAAGGGCGCAUUGAGGUGUUUUACAAUAAGGAGUGGGGCACUAUCUGUGACGAUGACUUCACAAUGGAGAAUGCUCAUGUAUUGUGCCGCCAUCUAGGGUUUACGGCAGCAACUGGCUGGACGCACAGUGCCAAGUAUGGCAAGGGUGCAGGUCCCAUUUGGCUGGAUAACAUAAUCUGCUCUGGGACAGAGAAGAGCAUCUCAGACUGUAAGUCUCGAGGCUGGGGAAACAGCGACUGCACCCAUGAGGAGGAUGCUGGUGUGAUCUGUAAGGACGAGAAGAUCCCUGGAUUCAUUGAGCACAACAUUAUUGAGACAGAGCAAAAACAAGUGGAGGAGGUGCGUCUGCGCCCUGUGAUCUCCAGCGCCAAAAAUCGUCUACCAGUCACUGAGGGCAUUUUAGAAAUCCGGCACAGAGAUAGCUGGGGGCAAAUCUGUGAUGUUGGUUGGAACCAGAAGAACAGCCGAGUGGUGUGUGGGAUGCUGGGGUUUCCAUCAGAUAAGAGAGUCAAUAAGAAUUUCUACAAAAAAGUUAAAAAACGUGCAGCCACAAAGCGAUCCCCCAAGGCAGCAAGUGUGAAGCUCAGAGCAGUCACCAAAAAGACAGCCUCAAAGCAAAGCCCAAAGUCAGCGAGUGUGAAGCCCAGGCUCUACCUAGAGAAGCAACAGCCGUCGUUUCGCCUGCACACGGUGCGCUGUGUAGGAACCGAGGUGCAUCUGUCUCUGUGCCCUAUGGAAUUCUAUAAGACCAAUGGCACAGCUGCGUGUGAGGGCGGAGCACCUGUAGUUCUGGGCUGUGCGUUGGGCCACAGGGCGGCGGCGCAAGGAGCCAUCAAGAAAAAGAAAGUGGUGCAGCAACAGCAGCAGGAGGAGCUCAUCCGGCUGAAGGGGGGAGUCCACCCAGGAGAGGGGCGAGUGGAAGUGAUGAAGAAGGGACAAUGGGGUACCAUUUGUGAUGAUCGAUGGGACCUUCAGGCAGCAAGUGUGGUGUGCAGGGAGUUGGGGUUUGGCAGUGCCAAGGAAGCCUUAACGGGGGCACGUAUGGGGCAAGGCAUGGGUCCCAUCCACAUGAAUGAGGUGAGGUGUUUGGGCACGGAGGGCUCGCUGUUGGAAUGCCAGUAUAAGAACAUCACAGAGGAGGACUGUAAGCACAGCGAGGAUGCCGCCCUCCGCUGUAACAUCCCCUAUAUGGGCUACGAGAAAACGAUUCGACUUUUUGGGGGGCGCACCCGUUAUGAGGGGCGGGUAGAGGUUCUGUGGGGCCCCUCUGGAGCAGAACGCUGGGGACUGGUGUGUGGAGAAGGCUGGGGCACUCUGGAGGCAACGAAUGUGUGUCGGCAGUUGGGGCUAGGAUAUGCCAGCAGUGCGCUGCAAAUUCGUAUUGUUGGGGGACGCACACAGUAUGAGGGGCGCGUGGAAAUGAAGCUGAGAGCAUCCUGGGGAUACAUUUGCAGUGACGGCUGGACCACCAAGGAGGCAAUGGUAGCAUGUCGGCAACUUGGCCUUGGCUACUCGCUGCAUGCGGUGACGGAAACGUGGUACUGGGACGCCAGCAACACCACAGAGAUGGUUUUGAGUGGUGUUCGCUGCACUGGAAGAGAAAUGUCCUUGGAACAAUGUAGCCACCAUUCGAGUGUCAGCUGCAAGAACACUGGGACCCGGCACGCGGCUGGAGUGAUCUGCUCUGAGACGGCCUCAGACCUGGUGCUGCACUCGUCGCUGGUACAGGAGACGGCCUACAUCGAGGAUCGGCCCCUACACAUGCUGUACUGUGCUGCUGAGGAGAACUGUCUCUCCAGCUCCGCCCGCCAUGCCAACUGGCCUUAUGGACACCGACGCCUGCUCCGCUUCUCAUCCCAGAUCCACAACAAUGGUCGUGCAGACUUCAGGCCUAAGGCUGGUCGCCACUCUUGGGUCUGGCAUGAGUGUCACGGGCAUUAUCACAGCAUGGACAUCUUCACCCACUAUGAUAUGCUAACGCCCAAUGGUACCAAGGUGGCAGAAGGGCACAAAGCCAGCUUCUGUCUGGAAGACUCAGAGUGUCAGGAAUUAGUCAGUAAGAGAUAUGAAUGUGCAAAUUUUGGGGAGCAAGGAAUCACAGUAGGAUGCUGGGAUUUAUAUCGACAUGAUAUUGACUGCCAGUGGAUUGAUAUAACAGAUGUAAAACCGGGAAACUACAUCCUACAGGUUGUUAUCAACCCAAACUUUGAAGUGGCUGAGAGUGAUUUCACCAAUAACGCAAUGAAAUGUAACUGUAAAUAUGACGGACAUCGAAUCUGGAUACACAACUGCCAUCUGGGUGACGCAUUCAGCGAAGAAGCAAAUAAGCGUUUUGAGCAAUACAGGGGAGAACUUAACAACCAGAUACUUUGAUGCCUGGUAAUAGUCAUCAGAAAUAUCUAAGCAACAAGAACAUUGUAUAACUCAUUCACCCCUAACAUCACCCCACUGAGUAGAGAUGAUCUUGCAAAUCCAACUCAUGUCCCUUCAUUUAAAUCUUCUCACCCUAAUUUGUGCCCCAACAUAAACUGUCCGACAACCUGGUGCAACUCAUGUGCCCAACAUGCCAUCCGUCUUACUGUGGAAAUGUUUGUGUUUUUCUGCUUUUAUCAACAUAGAUCAUCCAAAAGUUCUUUUCUUUUUUUUCCUCCUGACAUUCCAUAGUGUUCGGGUAUUUUCUCUUUGAUCGCUCAGGUGCCUUUGCAAAACCAGUCCUUAAUGUGACAACAGUGUUUCAAAAACUACAGCAUUUUGUUUCUGCACCAAGCAUGCCCCUUCACACUCACUGGCACUCUAUCCCUCCAUUACAUCUCCUGUGCACAUCAGAGGACAGGGGAAUUGCUUGGGAUACAGGCAGUACCUAGAGGAAAGAACAAAGUAACCAGCAAGUGUAAUGCUAGUGUGCCUAUGCCUUGGGCAGUUCUGCCCAAUACUCACAGACUCCUGAACAUGAAAUUAUUUCCCCAACAAGUGUGAACUUAAUAGAUCAUGGGACAAUUCCAAGGAUCCAAUGAUUAAUUUAAUCUAGUGCAGCCCAGAUAGAAGCCUUUAGUGCAACUGCCUCUGGUUUAUAUCUGGUAACCUUGGGGUAGAUCCAUAGUAACUGAGCCAGGAGUAGGGGAGGUAGAUUGUAAACCCAACAAGUCUGAAAUUAAGUUUACUCUCAGUUGAGGAAGUGAGUGUGCCAGCUGAUUGGACAAGCAAUAUGUAAGAGUAUGUGGCACAUCUAACAGAACUAGGCUUUGCUGUAUGUAUUUGGGGUUCAGCAAGGGGCCAACUGAAGCCUGUUGGGGCACACGUGGGCUCACUGUGACUAAUCCUACAAGUUGAUCAAGUGUGGUGCUGAGGCCAAAUGAAGCCCAGGUGGGUCAGUGUUCUGCAGGAAAGGGCAUGUGUGUGUUUACCAUGGUGCAUGUUGUGGCUCACGGGCACUCCCGGGUUUCUUCUGUCUGUAAAGUUAUUUGUUUUAUCUAAUAAAGAAACUGUGUUUCUAA